GAAGGGGCUUCUGUCGUCGGGAGAGGCUGACCGCGAUCGUUUCCCCACAUGGGACUAUGGCGGAAAGAAGGCAGGGUGUGGGAGCAGCCGGGCUUCAGGAGCCGAGUCCGCCGAAGCGGAGCAGGCGCUGGGCUGCCGCUCAGGGCUGCGAGGAUGGGACCGACGCCUUGCUGUCACUCAGCCACUUCUCCCGGCCGCCUUUCCUCAGUUUCGGCUCCGUCCGCGUCGGUAGCUCGUGCGCUCGCCGCCUGGCCGUAGAGAACUCCAAUGCGGAGCCUGUCCACGGCGCCGUCUACCGCCCGCCGCCCGCCUCCAAAGGCUUCACGGUGGAGCAAGGCAGUUUCCUCCUUCAGCCAGGGGAGAGAAUAUAUAUAUUAAUAACAUGGACACCACUACAAGGUGGCAAAGUUCGAGAGCUCAUAACUUUUAUUGUAAAUGAUGUUGUAAAACAUCAAGCAGUUUUGCUGGGGAAUGCUGAGCAACCUAUAAAGAAGAAGAAAAAUCUUUGGGAUACUAUUAAAAGAAGAACUCCUGCACAACAAUCACGAAAAAGAGUGCCAGUCAUUAAAAGUAUAAAUAAAACUUUUCAGAUGUCUGAAAAAACAGAUAGAAAUAGAAGCCCUCUUCAGUCCUGUGAGAACCUGGAAGUGAAUUCAAACAGAAUUUCACCUAAUGGAAAUUCCUUAAUCAUUUCAGAAAACAACCUUUCUUUUUCCCCUAUUGGCCCCAUAAUUCAGAAAAACCAACAUGUUAUUUAUACCCCCCUAUCAACUACAUAUUCUGUUCCCGGGGCACCAGCAUGUAAUACGUUAUUAAAUAAUAUAACAGAAACUAAUACAGUUACAACUCUAUGUGAUAAUGUUUUGGAAAAAAAGAAAGAAAGCAGAGAUAAUGUUAUAAACUCAAUAGAAAUAAAUGCAAAUUCAGUCUGUACACCAGAACAACUGAACACAUCUUUGAAUCAUAGGAAGAUUUUAAGUCCUGAUUCUUUUGUAAACAAUAGCUAUGAAGUUACUGAAGAACUUGAUGCAGCUACAGCAAUGCCUAUUUCACCUGAUCAGUUUUUAAGAGAGAAUCAAAUAGUUAUUCAACCAACCUCACAAGAAUAUAAAACAGUGUCCUUUUCUUCAGAUGUGAAAUCAUGUAUGUCAAGAGCAAAAUUUUCAAAGCAGAAAGAAAAGAUACAAGUUACUUCCUGUUUUAUGGAACCUCAGCUUUCCCGCAAAGCAUCCAACAAUAUAAAUGACAGAAAUCCUACAUUUUGCUAUGAUAAGACUGAACAAAAUGCCAGAUACAGGACAAAUAACCAGGCUUGCUGCUUUCAGAACAAAAAAAGGCCUUUGCUUUCUAGCACUGUUACCAAAACUAAGCCCACUCCUGAGGAAAGAGAAACAGAGAUGUUAAAACUAAAAUCUAAAAAAUGUCUUUCUAAUGCAAUCGAGCACUGUGUGGACAUUAUUCCUACAAAUGCAAGCCUGGACACAUUGCCAAGACUUCCAGUUAUAGAAAGUGUCUCCAGUGAAGCUAAAUGUGUCAAAGCUAAAGCAGGUUCUAUUUAUUUGGAAUCAUCUUCAAAUAAUCAUAAAAGAAAAAGUGGAGAAUAUUUAGAAGAAAUUAAGAGUGGAAGAGAAGAAUAUGCAGAACAUUUUGGAACAAAAAGAACUCUGAAGUCCUGUGAAGGAAAUGGAAGCAAGAGUGCUUUGAAAUUCUCUGUUUCCAAAUCUCAGAAUGGAGAUAAGCAGAAGAGAUGUGGUAAUGUAAAAAAACAACAUUUAACUAUAGAUGGGUGUUCUGCAUCUCAAAAAUCUAAACUUUUUAAAAGAACAAAAAGUACUGUUCCUGUUGCACAGUCUCAACUGACCUUUGUGAAGCCUUUAAAAACAGAUAUUCCUAGGCAUCCAAUGCCUUUUGUGGCUAAGAAUAUGUUUUAUGAUGAGCAGUGGAAAGAGAAACAGCAACGAGGUUUUACAUGGUGGCUGAAUUUUGUACUUACUCCUGAUGACUUUACUCUGAAAACAGACAUUUCACAAGUUAAUACAGCAUGUCUCAUCCUGGGAACAGAGACUUAUAAAUCCAGUGUUCCUAAAGCACCAACGAAAGAAGAAGCAUCAUUAAGAGCAUAUACAGCUAGGUGCAAAUUAAACAAACUUCGUAGGUCAGCUUGCCGUUUGUUUACCUGUGAUGAAAUGGUUAAAGCAAUAAAAAGGCUGGAGAUUGAAAUUGAAGCAAAACGCUUGUUAGUUCGAAAAGACAGACAUCUGUGGAAAGAUAUUGGAGAACGACAGAAAAUCCUCAGCUGGCUUCUAUGCUACAAUCCACUAUGGUUGCGCAUAGGCCUAGAAACAAUUUUUGGUGAAUUGAUUGCUUUGGAAAGUAACAGUGAUGUGAUGGGUUUGGCAGUAUUUAUACUUAAUCGCUUGUUGUGGAACCCAGAUAUUGCAGCUGAAUACAGACACCCAACUGUGCCUCACCUUUAUCGAGAUGGUCAUGAAGAAGCAUUGUCCAAAUUUACACUGAAAAAACUUCUACUACUGGUUUGCUUCCUUGAUCGUGCCAAAGUGUCUCGAAUUAUUGAACAUGACCCUUGCUUAUUCUUCAAAAAUGCAGAAUUCAAGUCUAGUAAAGAGAUAUUACUUGCAUUUUCCCGGGACUUUUUAAGUGGAGAAGGUGAUCUUUCACGUCACCUUGGCUUCCUGGGUUUCCCAGUUAAUCAUGUGCAGACUCCACUUGAUGAAUUUGACUUUGCUGUUACAAAUUUAGCUACAGACUUACAAUGUGGCAUUCGACUUGUGAGAACUUUAGAACUGUUGUCAUCGGACUGGACACUUUCCAAAAAAUUAAGAGUGCCUGCAAUCAGCAGACUUCAGAAGGUGCAUAAUGUUAAACUUGCUUUUGAGGUAUUGAAAGAUCAUGGAAUUCAGUGGAAAGAUGAACAUGGUUCAACCAUUGACACAAAGGAUAUUGUGGAUCGACAUAGAGAGAAAACAUUUGCUUUGUUAUGGAAAAUAGUGUUUGCUUUUCAGGUGAAUAUUUCUCUUGACAUGGAUCAGUUAAAAGAAGAAAUUGCUUUCUUAAAAAACAUGCAUGUUACAAAACUAAAAAGACUUGACAUGGAAUUUGCUAGCAGUGUGGGAAAUGACACCAGCAGGUCUUACACAUAUGAAAGCUAUGGUGAAAAUGUAAAGCUGCUGAUGGACUGGGUGAAUGCUGUCUGUGGGUUUUACAAUAUUAAGGUGGAAAAUUUUUCAGUGUCCUUUUCAGAUGGAAGAGUUUUAUGCUAUUUGAUUCAUCAUUAUCACCCAUGUUAUGUGCCUUUGGAAGCUGUAUGUAAACGCACUACUCAAACAGUAGAAUGUACCAGAAGUGGCAUUCUUGCACUGAAUUCCUCCUCUGAGUCUGAUGCUUCUCUAAAUCUAUUAAGUGGAACUUUUGAUCAAACUAUAAGUACUUCUGUGCUUUAUAAAGAACUCCUCGACAAUGAGAAGAGAAAUUUUCAACUGAUCAAUGCUGCAGUUUCUGAUCUGGGAGGUGUUCCAGCUAUGAUUCAGCAUUCAGACAUGUCUAAUACAAUACCUGAUGAGAAGGUAGUCAUUACCUAUGUGUCGUUUCUGUGUUCACGACUUUUAAGUCUUUCUAAAGAGAUUCGAGCAGCUCAGUUGAUUCAGUCUGCUUGGAGAAAAUACAGAUUGAAAAUAAAACUUGCUCAGACCAGAAAGCAAAAAUCUAAUGCAGUAGUUACAAUUCAGAAGCACUGGAGAAGAUAUUUGGCUCUACUGGAACUUCAGAAAUUAAAAAAGGCAAAGCAGGAAGAAACUGGAAGAGUUGUAAUCCAGAGAUGGCAAGAGGCUGUAAUUGUCCUUCAAGCUUGGUACAGAAUGAAGAGAGAGAGGCAGUGGUUUUUAAAGAUGUCUAGAGCUGCAUCUGUCAUUCAAAUAUACUAUCGUGCACACAGAGAACAAACCGUUUGGAGACAGAAGUUUUUGCAAAUGAAAAAGGCAACUUUGUGUUUGCAAGCAAGCUACAGGGGCUGUAAAGUACGAAGAAUGCUAAGACACCAAAACAUGGCUGCUACUAAAAUCCAGGCUGCAUACAGGGCUUAUGCUGCUAGAAUGAAGUAUCAAACUUUGAUUCAAGCUUCCAUUGUGAUUCAGAAAUGGUACAGGACUUCUAAAAAUGAAUCCAAAAUAAGAAAACAUUUUUUGAAGACAAAGACAGCUGUGAUUUCCUUGCAGGCAGUUUUGCGGGGUUGGCAAGUGAGAAAAUGGCUUCAGAAGCAGCAUGCUGCUGCAAUUACUAUACAAUCUGCCUAUAGAACAUAUAAAGCUAUGAAUAAAAUCAGAAUGGUGAGAAGUGCUGUUCUAACCCUACAGCAGCAUUAUCGAGCUCACAUCUCAAGUAAGAAACAGCAACAGGAAUAUAUUAUUCUUCGCAAUAGCACCAUAUUACUCCAGGCAACUUGGAGAGGAACUAUUUUGAGGAGGCAAAUAGAAAGACAGUGCCAGGCUGCAGUGACUAUUCAGUCCUAUUACAGGAUGCAUGUGAAUCAAGUCAAGUUUAAACGUUUCAGGGAAGCUGCAAUUACAAUUCAGAGAUGGUAUCAUGCUGCUAUUCAAGCCCAUAAUACACAACAAAAAUACCUUGCUUUAAAGGAAGCAGCUGUUAAAAUGCAGGCAAUUUACCGAGGUUCGAGAGUAAGGCGAAAAAUCCAGUGCAUGAAUCAAGCAGCUAUUUGUAUCCAAGCCAUGUUUAAAAUGCAUCAGAGUAAUGUUCGAUAUAGGACACUAAAAAGGUCAGCUACUGUAAUUCAAGCACGAUACCGAGCUUUCUGCAGAGGACAAAAAGAUCGUAAAAAAUAUCUGGCACAAAGAAAGUCAUCUCUCAUCCUUCAAGCAGCGUACAGAGGCAUGAAAAUUAGACAGGAACUGAGAGCUAGGCAGCAGUGUAUAAUAGUUAUUCAGUCCUAUUAUCGAAUGUACAGAGAACGGAAAACUUACUUAAAGUUAGUUGCAGCAACAAAAGUGAUUCAGCAGUGGUAUCGUGCUUCCAGAGAUACAAAUGCUCAGAUGCAUAAAUACAAGAUGAUGAAGACUUCUGCUCUCCAAAUCCAGUCUGCUUUCCGAGGUAUGAAAACUAGAGCCUGUCUGAAAAAGAUGCACACGGCUGCCAUCAUCAUUCAAAGAAAUUUUAAAACUUUCAUUCAGAGGCGUAAUUUUAUUUUUCUUAAGUCAGCUGCUGUGACAAUUCAGAGAAAGUAUCAAGCAACUGUACUCUCACAACGGCAGCGUGAGAAGUUUCUUAAUUUACGUAGAGCAGUGAUCAUAAUACAGUCUACUGUCAGAGGCCUGCUUGCUAGGAAACAUGUAAAGCAAAAGCAUCUGGCUGCUGCAGUUAUCCAGGCAACCUUUAGAAUGCACAUAGCCUACACUCGAUACAGAAUAAUGAAGCCUGCUUCUGUUGUAAUACAGCAACAUUAUAGAGCAUACCGAAAAACUAAACAGAUUAGAGACUUGUACUUAAAACAACGCCACUCUGCCUUAGUUCUUCAGGCAGUUUGCAGAGGAAUGAAAGUUAGGCAUAUGUUAAAGAAAAAACAUGAAGCUGCGGUAGUCAUACAAAGUAACUACCGAAAAUACAGGCAAUGGAAAUCCUACAAAAAAAUUCAGUGGGCAGUCAGAAUCAUCCAGAUGAGAGUCAGAGCCAACAAAAAGAGCAAAAUUGCAGUCCAGCAGUAUUCUUCAAUUAAGACGGCUACUGUCUGCAUUCAGAAAGCUUUUCGCAGGAUGAAAACAAGAAGUUACCAAAAAAGACAGGAAGCUGCUCUCGUGCUUCAGCGGAAUCUUAAAAUGCAAAGAGCACGUAAAAAUUACCUCACUUUAAAAGCAGCUACGAUAUCCCUUCAGAGGAAGUACAGGGCAUUGGUUGUGAUGAGAAGACAAGCUAAAGAAUAUGCUUCUGUUCGAGCAAAAGUUAUUUGCGUGCAGUCUUUCUAUAGAGGUUUUAAACUACGGAAAGAAAUUAAACGCCUGCAUUUAGCAGCAACAGUGAUUCAGGCGACAUUUAGAAUGCACAGAGCUAAGCUAGCUUACCAGAAACUGAGAUGUGCUGCUAUCACCAUGCAGAAGUACUAUCGAUCACACCUAAAGGGGAAACAUCAAAAUACACAUCAGGCAAUUCAGAAAUCUGUAAUAGAUCAGGCCACUUGCAGAGGAACAAGAAUACAGCCAGAACUGGACAUCAUGCAUAUUUCAGCAACUAUCAUCCAGUCUCUUUAUCGGAUGUAUGUACAGCAAAAGCGUUACAGAUUGAUAUGCUGGGCUGUGAUAAUUAUUCAGUCUGCCUAUCGUGGAAUGGUAGCACGCAAAAAAGCAAAGAAAAUGCAUGCAGCAAGAAACAGUCCGUUCUUUCAUCUGGCUGUGGAUCAUAGAACUGAAGCUAUUGGAGCAAAGACUCAGUGCCAUACAAAUGAAGCCAGAGAACAGUACCAGAAAUAUUGGAAAGCUGCACUUUUAAUACAACAAUGUUACCGUUCUUACCUGGCUAUGAAAAAUCAACCAAUGAUUUAUUUACGAACACAUAAGAGAAUAAUUCUUUUGCAAGCUACAGUGAGAGGUUUCAUUGAACGACAAAGGUUUUCCAGAAUAAAAAGAAGUAUAAUAAAAAUCCAGAGAUGGUAUCGAGCAAACUGGCAGAGGAGAAGAUACCUGCAAUAUCGUAAGAAAAUUAUUAUAAUACAGAGAAUGGUGAGAAGAUGGAUGAGCUGCAGGAAUAUAACUACAGGUAGAAUUCCAAAAGAUGUAAACCCCAAAGUUGUUAGCAGUGGAAUAAUUAAAUUUCAGGCACUGUGGAGAGGAUAUUCUUGGAGGAAAAAGACUGAUACUGCAGAAACCAGAUCUCUGCGAGACAGUUUGAUAAUUGCUAAUAAAGAAAGCAAAGAAGAGAAGAAGCUGUGUAAUAGAACUGCACUUGCUAUUGAUUGUCUUCUUAAAUAUAAACACUUUUCUUAUAUUCUGGCAGCUUUAAAGGAUCUGGAGGUUGUAACUAGAUUAUCUCCUGUUUGUUGUGAAAAUAUGGCCCAAAGUAAAGCAGUCUGCACUAUUUUUACUUUGAUACGGAGCUGCAAUAGAAGUGUCCCUAGCAGGGAUGUUAUUAGGUAUUCUGUCCAAGUCUUACUUAAUUUAUCAAAGUAUGAAAGGACUACUGAUGCUGUUUAUGAUGUGGAAAAUUCUAUAGAAACAUUGUUGGAUUUACUUCAGAUGUACCGGGAAAGAGCUGGGGAGAAAACUUCAGAAAAAGGUGGUAGCAUUUUUACCAAGACGUGCUGCUUAUUUGCUCAUCUUUCAAAGGACUCAAGAAGAGCUUCUGAGAUUCGAAAUAACCAUAAAGUAGUUGCUUGCCUUCGGAGAUUGUUUAAACUUAUAGCCCGUAAACAUCAAAUGGAUGUCCAAAGAAUGCUUGCCAAACAAAAGUUAGAUGCAUACAUACAUGGACAGAGCUCCAUUCCAGUGCUUCAUGUAAAAACAAAAAUAGUUUCACGGCAGAGGCCAGAUUGGGAUCUAAAGAAAGAUAAUAUAAGAGAGAUUGUUGAUCCACUGCAGGCCAUUGAAAUGGUAAUGAACACACUCGGAAUUUCUUGCAAUUAAAAGGUGGAAGAGUUUAUAAUUAUGACAGUUAUAGAAAGAAAUGGACUUGACUUCUUGUAUCAAUUUACAUAUUAUGUAGUUAUUUUAUAAACCUUGUUUACCAAUGUUUGAACUCAACUAUCAAUUAAACUAAACAUGUUACUGCAAAUUCCGAUAUUUUUUUUCUGUUGAAUUAAUAAAAUCUCAAAUAUUACUUGUAUAUAAUUUAUAAGUAAGAAAUUUGUAUACUGUGUACAAUUUAAUAAGAUUGUCAUUUUAUACAAUAAAAUGGGAAAACAAAGAUUGUUA